UUCCACUUCUUCGUGUUCAUCUCUAAACAAAAACAAUCACAUAUUAAAAGAAAAGAAGAUGAGAAGAAAUUUAGCACCACAAUAAUCAGAAUCCCCACUUAGAUUAUCAGACAAGCUUUUAUGUAGGAGGCCAGCUCAUUUAAUUUUGUUCGACUCUAUAUGUCGUUCCAUCGUGUCAUUUGGAGUGAAUUAACAGUUGAAUGAUGAAAGCAUGCUGAAGCUCAAACCUGUUGUCUACUCUACUUUUUUAAAUACAAUCAAACAUCACAAUGCCUGCUUAAAAGCCCGGUCAGCUUUCACAACUGACGAUUCUACCAUUGUUAGUACAAGUGGGUUGGUGAAGGUCCAGCAUUGCUGUUCCAAUCGGUAUACAUUUGCUGCCCUCUUAAGGCAAUGCAAACAUAGGAAGGACGUCAAUCAUGUUCAUGCUCUUGUAAUCAAAGCUGGGUUUGGUUUAAACAUGUCCCUCUUGAAUGAACUCCUUAGGAUUUACUCAAAAUGUGAGAGUCUGAUGGAUACACGUCAAGUGUUUGACAAAAUGCCUGAGAGAAACAUCGUCUCGUGGACUCUGAUGAUAAGUGGAUGUGUAGAUUGUGCGAACUGUGAGAAGGCUGUUGAGUUUUUUAAUGAAAUGCAACUGACAGGUAUUAGGCCGAACAGUUUUACACUAUGCACUAUACUUAAGAUCUGUGUAGUCUGGCCACAUUUGGGUUAUCAGGUACAAGCUCAUGCUAUAAAAUUUGGAUUAGAGUCUGAUAUAUUUAUUGGUAGUGCUUUGGUUGACAUGCAUGCUAAAUUUGGUAGACUAGAAGAUGCGAACAAAGCUUUUCAGAGGUCGCAACGUGAUGCAGUGGCAUGGAAUGUCAUGAUUGCUAGGUAUGUUGAGAAAGGGUACGAGUUGCAGGCCCUUAAGCUGUUUAGUCAGAUGCAAGGAAGAGACAUAGACAUCAGGGGAGAUCAAUUCACGUUUGCUACUAUAAUUAGGGCAUGUGCUCAUCCAGAACAAUGCAAGCAAGUCCAUGCUCAGAUUGUCAAAAUGGGGUUUGAGUCUGACUGUUAUGUCAGGGGUUCUCUUGUUGACACUUAUGCCAGGUAUGGAAACCUAGAUGCUGCACAUAUGCUUUUAGACAACCACAAUGUGGUUGCAUAUAAUGCAAUGAUUGCAGGGUAUGUCCAGAAUGGAUAUUCUGAGAAGGCACUGGAGCUUUUCCAGAAAAUGCACAGGAUGGGAAUGAAUAUGGAGAUGGACCACUUCACUUUUGCAACUGUUCUCAGUGCGUCCUCUAGCCUAGCAGUUGAUUACGGGAUUCAGAUCCAUGCCAGAAUUAUCAAGAGUGAGUUUGGAUUGGAUGACUGUGUUGGUAAUGCCCUUAUUGACAUGUAUUCUAAACGUGGAAGCAUAGAUGAUGCCGAGAAAGUGUUCCACAGAAUGAGAAAAACUGAUCUGAUUUCAUGGACUGCACUGAUCACAGGGUACACCCAAAAUGGAUGUUAUGAAGAGGCAUUGAAACAAUUUUGUAAGAUGCAACGGAUAAACAUGAAGCCGAAUGAGUUCACCUUUUCAAGUGUUCUCACUGCAUGUGCCAACUUAGCAUCUAAAGGACAGGGCGAGCAGGUUUGUGUCCACGCCGUUAAAACUGGAUACGACAAACAUGUUUUUGUUGGCAGUACCCUUAUUGAUAUGUAUUCCAAAUGUGGAAACAUGGAGAAGGCACAGAACGUGUUUGAUAGAAUGCCGGAGCUUAAUGUAGUAUCGUGGACUGCACUUAUCGUAGGUUAUGCCCAAAAUGGGUAUGGCAGACAGGCUCUUCAAUUCUUUGCACGGAUGCAACAAUCAGGUAUGAAACCAAACCAUGUAACACUGGUAGGCGUUCUGUUUGCAUGCAGCCAUGUGGGCCUGGUUGAUGAAGGUUAUCGUUACUUUGAAUCCAUGAGUAGAGAUUAUGGUAUUAUACCAAGAGUCGAACAUUAUGCCUGCAUGGCAGAUAUUCUCAGUCGAGCAGGACAUUUGAAACAGGCAAAAAAUCUUAUCAUGGAAAUGCCAUUUCAACCUUGUGCUUUGCUGUGGAGGAUCUUGCUUGGUGCCUGCAGAGUCCAUGGUGAUAUAGAUCUUGGCAAAUGUGCAGCAGAACAUAUUCUUGAGUUGGAACCCCAAGAUGGGCCUGCUUAUGUGUUGCUGUCAAAUGCCUAUGCAGCUGCUGGAAAGUGGAGUGAGGCAGCACACAUGAGGAAAAUGAUGAAAAGUAGAGCAUUGAAAAAGGAACCAGCGUGUAGUUGGAUUGAAAUAAAGAAUCAUGUUCAUGUAUUUGGGCUAGGAGAAGGAUCAAAUUCACAUAUAAAAGAGAGGUACUCAAAGCUGGAUGAACUGCUCAGUCAAAUGCAGGAAGUGUGGCCCAUGCGUGAAAGCACCAGUUUUGUUUUGCAUGAUUUGGAGGAAUCUCAAGAAUUUCCUUUUUUCUCUUAAAGACGGGAUUUCAUGGGGUCUCAGCACAGAGGUUUCAUGGAGAAAAAAAAUUGGCAAAGGAUUAAUGAGAAUUCUAUUUUUUAAAUGGGGAUUAGAAAUUAUUCCAUCAA